UCCUCCUGGUCCUGUUUUUCAGCCGUGGUGUCCGUGGACGGGCGGCCCGUGAGACUGCAGCUCUGUGACACGGCGGGACAGGACGAGUUCGACAGGCUGCGGCCCCUGUGCUACACCAACGCGGACAUCUUCCUGCUGUGCUUCAGCGUGGUCAGCCCCACUUCCUUCCAGAACGUCACCGAGAAGUGGGUGCCCGAGAUCCGGCGCCACUGCCCCAAAGCCCCCAUCAUCCUCGUGGGCACGCAGUCGGACCUCCGGGAAGACGUCAAGGUCCUCAUCGAGCUGGACAAGUGCAAGGAGAAGCCGGUGCCCGAGGAGGCGGCCAAGCUGUGCGCCGAGGAGAUCAAGGCCGCCUCCUACAUCGAGUGCUCUGCCUUGACGCAGAAGAACCUCAAAGAGGUCUUCGACGCGGCCAUCGUGGCCGGCAUCCAGUACGCGGACACGCAGCAGCAGCCAAAGAAACCCAAGAGCAGGACUCCCGACAAAAUGAGGACCCUCUCCAAGUCCUGGUGGAAGAAGUACUGCUGCUUCGUAUGAUGCUGGCGGGACCCUGGGGAGGACUGGAGACGAAAUCGGUAUCAGAAGCUCUGUCGGCGGCGAGGACUCCUCGGGCCGCGGGCCGCCGGCAUCGGGAGGAGCCGUGCGCCUGCCCUCGGAGGCCUUCCCCCUCCGUGUACCCCUCCUGCCUUUCAUUUUCCUCUGGCUCAGCUGAGCUUAGGGACAGGCCCGCCUGCAGCGGACUUUGGGAGUAACUUAAGCAUUUUUUUCAUGCCUUUUGGAAAUGUAGAGCUCUAGCCCUUUGCGUUGAUUUCUAUCUAAUAUUAAAAAGACACCUCAGACCUGGGGGUCGAGCGUG